UACAUAAAUAAAUAAAGAAUAAGUUAAUAUAUUAGAAAUAAUAAUAAUAAUAAUAAUAAUAAAAGUCAAAUUUAUUGUUAUAGUGUAAUUAGCACUUAUGUGUGCCAUUUAUUAUUAAAUUUGUCAACUUUAUAAUCUAGUAGAGAUUGCAUUUUGGUACGUUGCAUAAUUGUGUGGAUUGGUUUUUACAAAUAUGCCACCCAGGAAGGCUCAACAGAAAAAAGGGGUGCUGGUUGUGAAGCAAACGACAAAGUGUCCUCAACCCCAGCAGAACUUGUCUUCUGACGAAGAGGAAGAUUUGCAGACCAUCCGUGCCUUGGUGGCUAGGGUGGAGGCGCUGGAAAAGGAACGCAAGCAGCCGCUUGAUGCUGAAGCUGGCACAAGUUCCGCUCCUGCAGGUAAGAAAUCUGCAAGGUUGGCUUCCAGAAUGCCUACAAAUCGUCUUUUUGCUGAUUUAGUUUCUAGGAUCGGAGUUCUGGAAGCGGCAGCGCACUGUGAGGAGCCAGCUACCCAGACGCCUUCCGCUCGUUUGCCAACUGUUCCUGCCUCCGUUUCUUCUGUCACGCCUUCUUUUCAGCCGGCUGUUGGGACUAUGCAAGAUCAGCUGCCGGUCCUACAUGAUGCUGCCGCGUUUACUCCUAGGGCUUCCGGGUUGGCAGCACAGCCCGGAGUUGCCUGUCAUGCUGCGGAUACAGGUUUGACAAACAUCCCAAUUCCUGUGAGGAUCGUCUUGUGUGGCCACUCAAUUUUGUUUUGGGCUCACCGGAGGGCAUCCUCCUCUGUUCCGGGCACACAGCUGCAGCUGUCGGCCUCAGCUACGGUUCAGUGGGAUGCACGGAGGGGCAUGUUAUGGGAUGUGUUGUUGCCUGCCAUGUGCCAAAUCAUGUCCUCUGCUAAUAGGCCACACAUCGUGUUGAUUCAUUUGGGAGAAAAUGAUUUGGUGCAGCGUCCUGCAUUGGAUUUGCUGCUGAAAGUUACGCGUGAUCUCACGUGGCUUAUCCGCGUAUAUCCCAAUCUUAUAAUUGUAUGGUCCGAAAGGCUUGUUAGAAGGAUCUGAAGGGGUGCAUUGCACCCCAAUAAGAUAGAUAGAUCUAGGAAAUGGGUUAAUAGGAAGGUAAGGGAGCUAGUAUUGUCCUUGGGUGGGGCAGUUAUUCCUCAUGAAAGGAUUAAGUUCCAUGCCCCACAUCUGUUUUGUGAUGACGGUGUUCGUCUUUCUGAGAAAGGGUGUGACAUUUUUUUGGAGGAUCUUAUGGGGGGAUUAAGGGGUUUGUUAUCUUCAUUGGGUGGAGGGGACCAAGCUUAAGCUGAUCCCCUCUUGUGGCAUAGAAUUCGGGCAGGUGAGGUAUAUGGGGGUUAAAAUUAGGCGGUUAAGGCAUCCUGAAAAAGGGGCACUCCACAGGGAACCAUCAGGGCCUGGUGUCUGGUGGCGAUCUGGGUUGUGUCCUUGUGGGACCUGCUUGCGCAUCAGGGUGAACGCCUGUACGGCGGGGCCAUGGUGUGGAGGUGGGAACCACACAGCUGGCUCCAAGAGCAAGGAGGGAGGAAUUCACACACGUCCUUGACUCUUGGGUUAUGUAAUGACGUGAAUUGAUGCCUUUAGAAGGUGAGGGUGUAAUCCCUCGUUGUUAGGUUUAGCCUCACCUGCCCGAAGAGUUGGAUAUUUGAAUAAUUGGCUGUAUUGCAUUUGAUUUACGAUGUUAUAUUUUAAUAAAUAUAACAUUAUACCA